AGGAGAGCAGAGCGGGAGAUAGAGAGAUACCAGGAGUGUGAUGGUUUGCACUCCUAUCCAGACAGUCGGGCAGGAAAGGAGCGCAACAGAGAGUGGGUUAGAUGAGGACUAUUCACACACCAGUCUGCAUGGAUGGAUAAGAGGAAAAGCAGGGGGACGGAGGGGCAAUCAAAGAGGAAUCCAACCAGCUUCUCUGACAGGACUAAGCUCUGUACACUUCCUCUGUCUGACGUUCAGGAAGGAAUGAAACAUCUGCCAGUGGUGUGACUCUCGUAUGUUCAUCAAUAUUUAAGUCCAAUCCUUGGAUUACUGUUUGAGGAGGCAGAAGAUCGGGCAGCAGUUUCUGUCAGUCGACCCAGAUUGUUGCAGAGGUGGAAGGAGUCGAGAGACAGUGGUCAAGGGACCAGCUCGGGUGCAUCUGUGUUUACUCUGCAUGGUCACGGCGAACAAAGGAUGUUUGGCCGAAGACGAUGCUGUACGCAGCUUCAUAAGAAAUAAUUACUGCCUCGGAUCACUUGGUGUAUCUAAAAAGCUGGCUGCUCUGAUGAAGUGACUUCCACUACCUCAAGAUAAUGACCUUCUCCUGAGACGCUGAAGCCCCCCCCCCAGCACAUAUAAUACUAGAUCACAAAUGUCACAGUGAUCACAUAUGUCAUGGUGACUGAACACACAUGCAUUACAAUACCGGGCUCCACUCGCACCGUCUCCACUGAUUUAGGGUUCAGCAUGUCAAGGGGCAAACUGGAGGCCAGUCCUCGAUUUACAAGUCAAUGGCGGCUGGAGCCUGGCUUACAGAGACUGAUGAGAAAGGUGGAGAGCGAUGGCCUGUUCCAUUAGUGCUCCCGGGGGAGACAUGGGCUUAGAUGCUGCCUGGACGCAGUGACCUCUCCCGAACACGUUCUGGACAUUACUACGUACACCGGGGAAUCUACACAGCUGAGCGACGACUCGGACCCCUGGAGUAAAAGCUAAUGGAUACAACUUCUUUUUUUAUAUUUACAUAUCUGACUACAUUCUUCUCACUGUGAACAAAGACAGCAACAAAACAAGGCUCUGGACCUCCCUGCAACCAAUACGCUCCACCGGGGAAAAUCUGUAUUUAUGUCUCUUUGUUGCUUGGCUGUGUAUCUCCUGAAUGGAAAUAUCAUGAGACUAUAAACAGGGAGGCGGGGGUUUCAUCAUAUUAACCCUGUUGAACUCAUUCAUCAGAACUCCCAAUAUCACCGAGCUGGAGAUGUGAGAAGAAACCCAUGGAGGGAAUCAGCCUCUAUUCUCCGACGUGCACUAGAGGCAAACACCUUUUUUGCCAUUGAAAGGAAGAAGUUGGCAGUUUGUCUACAGUCUCUGGCGAGUCAGACAGGUGGUUUUCUGGCUGUUGGCCUCUCCGGGAGGAGCUCGCGGUGAAAGGAAACGCCUCGCUGGGGGGCUCUACUGGAGCGGAAACACUUUUCCACUGGCUAUGUUUGGAUGUGAUGCUCGUCUCUGUGGAUCUAACAUGGACUCUAUGGCCUGAUUACACAGUCCUGGUAUUCAGAUAGUGCUGGAGGGAAGGGAUAAUGCAUAUCCCUCCCUACCCAGAAAAAGAAGCAACCAUGAGCAACGUCACAGUCACCGACAACACUGAGCCCAUCGACCGCACCAUGAGUCCGGACACCUCCAGCCCCUACGCCUAUCCCGUUAGCUUUCAGGUCUCCCUGACAGGCUUCCUCAUGCUCGAAAUCUUGCUGGGCCUCAGCUCUAACCUCACUGUGCUCGCCCUCUACUGUAUGAAAUCCAACCUGAUCAGUUCCGUCAGUAACAUUGUCACCAUGAACCUCCACGUGUUGGACGUGCUGAUCUGCGUGUGCUGCAUCCCCCUCACCAUCGUGGUGGUCCUGCUCUCCCUGGAGGGAGACACUGCCCUCGUCUGCUGCUUCCAUGAAGCCUGCGUGUCGUUUGCGAGCGUUGCCACCGCUGCGAACGUGCUCGCCAUCACCCUCGAUCGGUACGACAUCUCUGUGAAACCAGCCAACCGCGUGCUGACCAUGGGCCGUGCUCUGACUCUGCUGGCUUCCAUCUGGGUGCUAUCCUUUGUGAGUUUCCUUAUUCCCUUUAUCGAGGUGGGCUUCUUUGCCCAAGGCCAUGCUGAGUUCAACCAAACACUGGUGGAGAAUGUGGUUCACACUAAUCAGUAUUACACUGAGCUGGGACUCUAUUACCACCUGCUAGCUCAGAUACCCAUUUUCUUCUUUACGGCUAUUGUCAUGCUCAUCACCUACUCCAAGAUCCUGCAGGCGCUCAACAUCCGGAUCGGCACGCGUUUCCACGCCUCACAGAAGAAGAAGGCUCGCAGGAAAAAACGUCCGUCCAUGACGGCCAUGUCAACACAGCCAGAGGCUACAGAGGGAUCCCAGAGCAGCGGCAGCCGCAAUCCCACUCUGGGCAUGCGUACCUCUGUCUCCGUCAUCAUCGCCUUGCGCAGGGCGGUGAAGCGCCACAGAGAACGACGAGAGCGCCAGAAGAGGGUCUUCAGGAUGUCCCUCCUGAUCGUCUCCACCUUCCUGCUGUGCUGGACGCCCAUCACCGUGCUCAACACAGUCAUACUGAGCGUGGGCCCCAGCGACGUGAUGGUGAAGUUGAGACUGGGCUUCCUGGUCAUGGCCUACGGGACCACGAUAUUCCACCCUCUACUCUACGCCUUCACCAGGCAGAAGUUCCAGAAGGUCUUGAAGAGCAAGAUGAAGAAGCGAGUGGUGUCAAUCAUCGAGGCCGAUCCUACCCCCAACAAUGCCGUCAUUCACAACUCCUGGAUUGACCCAAAGAGGAACAAAAAGGUGACAUUUGAGGACAAAGACGCCCGACUGAAAUGUCUGUCCUCCGAGGACGUGGAGUGAAUCAACUUGUUACCUUUAGAGAAUUACAGUCAAAGCAGCUACAACUGACAUCAGGUGAUGAU